AUGUCAGGAUGUAUAGAUACUCGACAAAGAUUUGAGAAUAUGGUUGGAAAAGAUGCGCAAACGGCAGCCUCUGAAAUUCGUUCACAAGGUUACACUGUUGAAAUAACAAUGGAUGGUACAAAAGAGUCUGAUGCUAAUUUGAAACCUGGAAUUGUUAAAAUCAUUGCAGAUCCCGCUAAUAAUAAAGUGAAAUACACGCCGAUGCAAGGAUAA